GAGACGAAGCAGCAGAAGAAGGCGGCGAAGGCCGUGCACGACGCGGUCGAGCGGCUGGCAGCGCGAGAAGUGACGUGCGUGCCCCGCGACGCGUACGACCGUGACCGCUGGAUGCUGCCCGACGGACUCCGGAAGGAUCUAGAUGCGCUGCAUCAGGAGACGAAGCAGCAGAAGAAGGCGGCGAAGCAGCAGCAGAAGGCGGCGAAGCAGCAGCAGAAGAAGAUCAAGAAGAAGGCGAAGAAGACGCACGUCUGCCCGUGCGGCAAAGGCUUCAAAACCGCGAGCUCGCUGCAGCAGCACCAAGAGCACCGCAAGAGCUGCCGAGCACGCCGGGCCCGUCGGGAGGCAGCAAAUUCGGAGGAGCUUGAGGCAAAGGCGGAGGUGCUCGCGCGCAUCAUCGAGACGAACCCGAAGCCCGUUGAGCUCAGCAAGCUGCUUGGCUCGGCGUGGGGCAAGCUCGCGGACCCGCCGACGGCCGGCCCGCCAGAGGCGGCCGGCGCCGAGGCGGCGGUGUCGGAGGGCGAGGCAGACGCGUCGGCGGAGCUCGAGGCGCAGACCAACUCGGAGCUCGGCCGGCAGACUGCGAACCUCAAGGCCGCCCGCGACUUGGAGGAGGACUUAGCACCGCCGAGCAAGCGCACUGCCGCCGAGAGAGCAGCGGCGGCUGUCUCGGCGCGCGUCGGCGUGCCGCCACCGCCGCCGUCGGCCGCCGGCUCUUUAGCGGCUUAG